CCUCCAAAUCCAUCUUAUCACUACCUAAUUCUCAGAAUCUCCUCUUCUCCUGUAAAAAUUAUACUUAUAUUCUCUCCUCUUUUUUCGGAACUGGCUAACUCUCAAGAAACUCUGGAAGAAACUAGAAACAAAGGGGUGGUGUUCGCCCUAUAUGAAGCCUUGAGCUCACGUGACGUUGACAAGGUCCAGAAACUUCUGGCCUCUGAUCUUGAGUGGUGGUUCCAUGGUCCACCUUCCCACCAGUUUUUGAUGCGCAUCCUCACUGGCACUGCCAAGUCGGACACCGACCUUUUCCAGUUCAUUCCUCAGACCAUUGACGCCUUUGGGUCCACUGUACUCGUUGAAGGCUGCGAUCCUGACCGUUCAAUUACUUGGGUUCACGCUUGGACCGUCACUGAUGGGAUAAUUACUCAGGUUAGAGAGUAUUUCAACACCUCUCUUACCGUCACCCGACUCGGUAACAAUACUACGGAUUUUUCCUCUAUUACCCCCCGCCAUUGUCCCUCUCUUUGGGAGAGUAGUCUUCCCAACCGGGUCGGUAAGUCGGUUCCGGGUCUCGUCCUGGCCCUUUGAUUUGCUUAUGGGCUGAAGUUCAAGGAGUUAUAUCUUGUGUCCGCGAGGAUGUAAGUUUAACGGCUAGUUUGGGGGUUUCCGUCACCGUUUGAUUUGCCUUGUUUUAUUUUUAUCUGCAAUUUUAAUUUGUUAGAAAGUAGUAGUGUGCUAGUGGAGUUAAGGGACCAUGAUAAAUGGGAGACCCUUGUAUUGGUUAUGGUGUUUUGAUGAAAUAUCUAGUAUGGCGUGUUUGGUUUGCAAUAAAAGCACUUCUUCUUGGUUUUCUAAAA